UAGGGAUUUUGGGUUGCAUAAGUUAGGGCUAGGUGUUGUUUUCGCCUUUCUGAGGCUGUGAGUAUGAUACCGCAUUGAGCAUUUCCCGCACUCUGCCUGUUUGAAAGCAACUUCACUGUCAUCACUCCCGCACUACCCAGUACUCGUACUUAUCUUCCUACCGCGGAGGAGAAGCUUAUAAGCACUCAAGUUAGCCCCGAAAAACAUCUUUCCAUCCCCUCCCAACCUUAAGGAUCAAGUCAAUCAUCACGACGGCGACCACAAGCUUCCUUGGAUCACUUCUGCUGCGGACGUUUUGUGCUCGACUUCGACCACAAUUGUUGCCAAGAAUCAACAUGACUACAGCCUUAAGCUCCGUCAUCCCUCAAAGUCACCCAUCGCCGCAACCACCCCCCCCUUCACCAUCACCAUACCUCUCACGGCAAUCCUCCCGCACAGUGACCUCAAGAGUCGAUGCCUCCAAGAUAACCUUCCGCCCGUCGUCGGAGCCGGGGUCACACCCCGAUGACUCGCCCACGCUAGAGAUUGAUGACCCGGCCACGUUAGAGGCACUGAAGGAUGCAGCCGAUCUUUUGCGCCAGGGUAAGUGCGUUGCUUUCCCGACGGAAACGGUCUAUGGUCUGGGUGCGGAUGCAACAAGCACCGUGGGGGUGAAUAGUAUAUAUACCGCGAAGCAGCGGCCGUCGGAUAAUCCUUUGAUAGUGCAUGUUUCUUCGUUAAGGCAAUUACGGGGAAUACUUGCUCCUACAAACCCGACCUCAACUACGAACGGACACGCAACGAAUACCUGUGGAGGCGAAAUCCCGGAAGUCUACAAUGCUUUAAUAUCCAAGUUCUGGCCAGGACCGUUGACUAUCCUCCUCCCCUUGCCCACUAUCAACAGCCCACUUUCCGCAUCCGUCACGGCCGGGCAACCGAAAUUCGCUGCUCGUCUGCCAUCCCACCCCAUCGCUCGGGCACUCUGUUACCUCUCUUCCCUCCCCCUUGCCGCUCCUUCUGCCAAUGCCUCGGGAAACCCGUCCCCGACGAGUGCGUCACACGUACUCACCGAUCUCUGGAACCGCAUCCCAUUAAUCAUCGACGGAGGACCUUGCUCCGUAGGUUUGGAAUCAACGGUAGUAGACGGCCUCCGCGACCCACCCGUAGUCCUUCGCCCAGGAGGCAUAAGUGUCGAAGCGAUCCGCGAGCUGGGCGGGAUCUGGGCGAGGACGAUAAUCUCGAAAGCAUCCCUCGAAGACGCUGCCGACCCCUCCAUAACCCCCGAAGCCCCCGGGAUGAAAUACAAGCACUAUUCCCCUCGCGCCAGCGUGGUCCUGUACGAAUUCGGCACACCCCCCCUUUGUGGAAAGGACCUAGUGCGCUCCCCCAUCCUCUCCGCAAAGAACCUUAACGGCAAAGUUGGUAUUCUCCGAACGCGCACUUGGGAAGAUGGCAUUGGAGAGCUCACGCUGGGCCGCUUGAAAUACGAGAGCAACAAUGGCGGGGAGGAGAUUGGUCGCAGGCUGUUUGCUGCGCUAAGGGAGUUGGAUGAUGAGGGGGUUGAUGUUAUCCACGUUGAGGGGAUCGAGGAGGUGCUUGAGGGGUUGGCGGUUAUGAAUCGGUUGAGGAAGGCGGCAAGUGUGGUUGUGAGGAAGGUAGAGUAAACUUGCACGUCAGUCUCUAGAGUAGAGAUGGGAUAGAGGAGGAUGAAAAAAGUUUUUAAAAAAUUGUUUACGUUAAUGGUUUGUCGCUGGGUUUGCGCGUUCGGCAACUCCGCUCCCUCUCUCCUUCACUUUAUCACCGAUACACUAGACGGGUGGAGCCCGAUGCAGCCUGCUUCCUUUUUAAAAAGAAGAUCCCUAGACCAAUUUCUCUUUUUUUUCCUUCGUUUCAUCCGGUGGCAUGGAAUUUCUCAGUGCCUGAUUUACCCUAUGGCGUGCAGGGCUUACCAUGGACAUUCUCUUUCUUUUCAGUUUCAGUUCUUCCACCUCCCCUUCCAGGUAUAUCACUUAAGUUAAAUUAAGUUAAAUUAAAUUGAUAACCGAUCAAGAUUAAA